AUGUGGAACAGGUGGCUUCCUUGUAUGAAUGGACAAAAUGAUAUAACAACUUCUCUUCAAAAAAAUACCGGCAUGCUGGCUAAAAACGCAGGCGCUUCGCCAUGCCUCUGCUUGAACACGCAGCACAUUCAAGAAGUGGCGCGUAAUCUUCUGUCUGCGUGUUGCUUUUUGAAUUCAUGAGAUCGCGGCAAAAAAAUCCAAGAAAGAGGAAAGAACAUUGCUGCGUGAUCAUGCCUAAAAAGGGCGCGAACAGCAAAGAUCACUCUAAUGGCAGUUGUUUGUUAUUGUGUCCAGUCAUAUUUUCAUCUUGUAACUGUGGACGCGCCGGCCGCGAACGCGGCACAUCUACCGAAGAAUCAGACCGGGAGUGGGAAGAGUUUCAACGGGAGACGGACAAAGGACUGGAAGACGAGGAAGCCGAAGCUGCAAGAGCCAAAGCUGCAAGAGCCGAAGCUGCAAGAGCCGAAGCAGCUGCAGCAAGAGAUCGCGUGGUGGCGGUCGAGGAUGCGAAAAACCAGCUGAAUCAGCUCGCCGUAACCCCCCGUUACAACCCCGGGAGCAAAUCCCUGCCCCGCAACCCUCCUAACAACCGCCAGGCUUCGCGAAUGAAACCCGACAACCCAAGCGGUGAGACUUGGGUCUCGAGCGACGAGCAGUCUGCGUAUCGUGUGAACCACGAAGACAACGCCUUCAGGGGGCGCCUCCCGCGACCAUAGUUGCAAGAAAUGAUGGAGAUGUUGAGAAGGACGGUGCUCGUCAUCUUUUUCGGAGAAGUAAAAACGCUAUUCGUCUUGUUCUUGUUACGAGGAGAAAUGACGCGAAAAACACAGAUGGUCGCAAAUGACAGACCAUUGACAGAAGCGGCCCAAGAUAAAGUACAUUGUUCGAA